AUGAUGUUCACCAAGACCUUCGGUUUCGCCGCUGCCUUCGCUGCUCUGGCCUCUGCUCUCCCUAACAACCUGGCCAACAUGGUCCGUCGUGACAACACCGCCACCGGGGGCUCCGUUCUCAUCACCAACAACCUCAGUGUCGACGUCUAUGCCUGGUCUGUGACCGAUGUCUCCGGCCCCAUGAUCACCCUGCCCGCCAACGGGGGUGUCUACACCGAGGCCUGGCAGACCAACCCCAACGGGGGUGGUGUCUCCAUCAAGUUGUCCACCGACCCCAACCAGCAGGAUGUGCUGCAGUUCGAGUACACCCAGGCCGUCGACACCAUCUUCUGGGAUCUGUCGUGUAUCAACAUGGGCUCUAACUCCCAGUUCACCAAGUACGGCUUUGCUGUUCUGCCCACCGAAUCCAGCUCCUCGUGCCCUUCGGCCAUCUGUGCGGCUGGCGACUCUGCUUGCUCGGAUGCCUACUUGAUCCCUACUGAUGACUACGCCACUCACGGUUGCCCCAUCAACACCGGUCUUUCUCUGACCAUCGGCCAGUAA